AUGAUAUAAAAGAUGAGAUGAAGAUGUUUGAAUAUCGAAUAAGAUAUUGUAAGUGAUAUUGAAAAAAGAAGAUAAAAAGAUGAGGAUGGAGAUAAAAACUGUUACCAAAAGAUGAAGAUGAUUUUGGGUAUAGGUUAACUUUCAAUGUAGCCAAUCCUUAGAUUGACUCCUCCUUUCACGAUACACUAUUCAUAUACUGUAACUGGGUGUGAACAUGUUCCCUCCCUGUAGUAAAUUAGCUGUUCCUCUUAUUGUAGUGGUGAACCUCGUGUUAGUAUCUUUUAUCAUCUUCCUUCAUCAUCUCUCUCUCUCUUUUCUUUCUACAAUUCUCUAGUCUUUCCAGCGGAAUCACUAUCAUUGUAUCACUUGUCGCAAUUACAGUUAAUCCAUUUGAUUAUAUUUCACUCAGUGACUCUCUCAUUCACUCUCAGAGUGUCCGUGUCUGUGUGUGUAUAUGUGUAUUUGUGUUGUGUGUCCAGCGGAAGCAAAACCAACCAACAUAAUUAAUCUCAAAUGAAAUCACCUAAUCACGACGAUCAUUCGUCCUCCUCGUCCACAUCACCACCUUCAUCGCCCUCACCCGCUCCGGAAACCAAUAAAAAAGGUCAUUUAGUGAAACCGCCUUACUCAUACAUCGCUUUAAUUACCAUGGCAAUUUUACAAUCACCGGAUAAAAAGUUAACCCUCAGUGGAAUUUGUGACUUUAUCAAAUCACGAUUUCCUUAUUAUAAGGAAAAAUAUCCAAUGUGGCAAAAUUCAAUUAGACACAAUUUAUCAUUAAACGAUUGUUUCGUUAAGAUACCCAGAGAACCAGGUAAUCCAGGUAAAGGUAAUUACUGGACUCUUGACCCUGCAUCAGAGGAUAUGUUUGACAAUGGGUCAUUUCUGAGAAGACGGAAAAGAUAUAAGAGACAACAAGUUGACCUUAUUAAGGAAGCUUCUGCUUUCUGUAUGGCGGCAUCAGCGGGUUUAGAUCCUUACGGACGAUUUCCUCCAAAUCAUUCGGCUCAUCAUCAUCACCACCAUCACCAUGGUCCAGGAGGAUUCAUUCAUCCUGCCCUAUCUUCAGCCAGUUAUCCUUAUUUGACACCAUUGGCGACCCAUUUACCAUUAAUGCGACCUCAUGAUAUUACAAUGCGACAUCCGCUCCAGUUGAUUAACUUAACGAUGGGACAUCCAACAUCUAAUAACAAUAACAAUCACAAUAAUAAUACAAAUUCUAAUAAUCCAAAUAAUUCUCAAUUAUCAUCAUCAUCAUCAUCUUCUUCAUCCUCAUCUUCACCUUCAUCACCAUUAACAAACAAUCAUAGUAAUCACAAUAUGGAUACUUCAUUAGGUCGUCUUGAUGGUUCAUCAUUAAAUCAACCAUUUAGACAACCAUUAAACAAUAUGCAACAAUUUUCAUCUAAUUUCCGUAACUCAUCUUCAUCAUCAUCAACAUUAUCAUCAUCUUCAACAUCUUCAACAACAACAACAACAACACCAACAGCAACAACCACCGCCACAACCACCGCCAUUAAUAGUUCAGUACCACUUUCCAUCAACAAUGCGACUCAACAUUUUAAUGGUUUGGUUAAUUCACUAAUAUUAAGCCAAUCGUCAGCACAAUCAGUAAAACAAUUGGAAACAAGUCAACAAUUAACGUCGACAACAAUCAAAUCACAAUCAAUUUUCUCAAUCGAUAAUCUUAUUGGAAUCAAAAGUAUCAUAUGAGUAACAAUCAUUUUCAAUUUUCACCUUAAACCUUUUCAUUUGUAAUUACACACCAUAGAUAUAAAAUCUCUGUAUUAAUAACAAAAUAAUAUCUCCUAUUUCUUAUUAUUGAUCAUCCUCAUCACUGUCAUUUCCCUCUUCUUAUUUUUCUUGUCUCUCUCACUCUCUCUUUUAUUACGUAUUCUCGUUUAGCUGAACAACCAAAAUCAAUUUGAUUGAACAAAAAUAUCAAUAGUUUGUCUAUUAUUAAUACAGACAAAUCCUUGAGUAAAUUGUUUAGCUUUUCUCAAGAGAGAUACUCCUCAUCAAUAAUAUAUCAUUUUAUGCUUACAUCUAACAUAAAAUUAAUCCACUGACCAGUAAAAGCAUUUUUGUUGACCACUGUAAACAUUUAUCACUUGAUAGUCUACAGUGGUAUCCACAAGAAAAAAAAAGUUAUCAGGUCAAAAGCAAGAAAGGUAAAUCUUGAAAAUGAGAAACAAAUAAAAAUACUCAAGAUUUUACUGUUUAUCAAUUUACUUUCAAAAGAAAUAAAAUUUUAAUUCCAAAGAAAAAAUCAAUUCUCUCAUUGAAAUUAAUUCUCCUUCAUUUCAAAUAUCGUGGAAAAAAAU